AACAAAAAAAAAUCAAUUACAUUGAAUCAUCCAAUCAUCUACAAAGCAAAGAUGGUCACAGUUACAACAAUGUCUUUAUCAUCGACGACGCUCGUCUUCUUCCUCAUCGUAUCUACCGUCUCCGGGACCUCAGCAACAAGAAACCUCUCGCUGGCUGCUGAAAAUAGUGGAGAAUGGUGCGUGGCGAAUAAUAAAGCGACGGAUGCGCAGCUACAAGCGACUAUAGAUUGGUGUUGCAGUGACGCAGGAGGAUUCCGCGAUUGUGGACCGAUCCAACCCGGUGGAGCCUGCUACGAACCAAACACUCUAAGAGACCACGCGUCGUACGUUAUGAACGAGUAUUACCAGAACCUUGGUCACACAGGGGAGCAAUGCGAUUUCGGCGGUACUGGCACUCGAGUUCAUAGAAACCCUAGCCAUGGCUCGUGUGUUUACGUUUCUUAUUAAUUAGACAUUUUAAUAUCUGUGUGUAUGGGAACCCCUUAAUGCGAAGCUCCAAAUAAGUUGAGAAUGUUUUAUAUGCAUCACUUUUCUCUAAUAUAUAUCUACA